AUGGAUAUCCAGGAGACCCAGCGGCUCCUUUCGGAGUACCUCCAUGAGCUCGCAAACUUGUUUCACCGGGUGCCCGGCUCGGCAAUCUUCUUGCGAUAUGUAAAGUCUAGUUAUCAAGAUGACCCUAUCCGAUCUGCCGUCGAAUUGUUCCUCUUCUUGUUCGCGGUCCGAUAUCUGCUUGCCCCGAAGUACUCAACCAAGCCCGGCGUGGUCCAGCUGUCGGAGGACGAAAUCGAUGACCUCGUGGAUGAAUGGACCCCAGAGCCACUUGUCGCAAAGCCGACUGCCCUGGAGCAGAUGGAGGUGGAUAAGAGAACUGUGAUUGUUGGCCCCGUUGGCCCCAAAUCGAAAUUGAGCAAUGGCCGAACCGUUGCAAACCUCGCCUCCUACAAUUUCUACAACUUCAACACGAACGAGUCUCUCAAAGAAAAAGCCAUCCAGACUCUCCGCAACUACGGUGUCGGUCCCUGCGGCCCUCGCGGUUUCUACGGAACUCAGGAUGUCCACAUGAAGACUGAGGCGGACGUCGCGUCGUUCCUUGGCACUGCGUCUUGCAUCAUUUACGCGCAGGCCUUCUCGACCAUCUCGAGUGUCAUCCCGGCGUUUUCGAAGCGUGGAGAUAUCAUUGUUGCCGAUAAGGGGGUCAGCUUCGCCAUUCGGAAGGGUAUCCAGAUCUCGCGUAGCAUGGUCCGCUGGUACGAACACAACGACAUGGAAGAUUUGGAACGAGUCCUGGCCAAGGUGACCAAGGAACAAGCCCGGAAACCGCUUACGAGACGAUUUAUCAUCACGGAAGGCCUCUUCGAAUCAUUGAAUUGA